AACGAUGUAGAGUGUGUCAUCUGUCUAGUUUGUUAUGGUUUUAAGUUGUCGCGGAUGUGAGCUCUCUCACACGAGUGAGGCAUGUGAGCUUCCGACGGUUAUUUCUUGUCCUAUUCAAUUCACCACAGCAUAUGUGUGUGUGUGUGAAUCCGUUUGCUUCUGUAAUCGAAUCCAAGAGAAAUACAAACUUUACAAAGAGAGCAACGUACUCUCCAAGCUAACGCCACCGACAAAACCUCUCAAAUUACAGAAAACAACACAAACUAUUAUCUCCAAUUUUUAUUUUUUUCCGAGAAAAUGUCAACUGUAAUUAUUUUUUGAAAAGCAGGAGGAACAUAUGCAAGUUUCAGAAGCCUCCGUGUUCUCUCGAGUCCCAAAAGCCAAGUCCAAAGUCCUUGUUGAUAGCUUUCGGGUAAAUUAAGAGGCAUUGGAUUUGAGGAGAGUGAUGGAUUUGAAGGGAGGUAGAGUAAAAGAGAGAGUUUUCGGAAAAAGAAAUGAUGAGUCGAUUAGUGGUAGUUCAUCAAGAACAGACAGCAAAGAGGUUAUGGUUGAUAAUUAUGGUAAUAAUGUUAGGGAAGGGGUUAAGGGUUUAAGAUUUGAGCAAAGAGGUGCAGCUAUAGAAACCGAGUUUGUUGAAAAACAUACUCGAUUUUCGCAGUUCCCGACUGAUAAUUGGAUCUCUGGAGAUGAGAUUGAAAUGAACGUGAGUAGGUAUAUGUCUGUAGUUUCAAGUGUAGAAGAUAUUUCGGCCCCCUUAAUGAAUUUUGCUGGGUCAGUGAGAUCAAGGGAAAGUAUGGACCAGUUUCGAGGUGUAGAAGAAGAUCGGUUUAAUGGGUUUUACGUGAGCCCUACGGUUGGGGCUCAGCGUCGAAGAAUGCCAACUUCUGCUUAUCCUGACGAGGGGCCUUCAACCUACGAGGUAGACUCUUUUGAUGGUACGAGUGAAGUUGAAAAUUUAGAGCAGAAUCGAGCGGAGCUUCUGAGGAAGUUGGAUGAGCUGAAGGAGAAACUGAGCAGAUCUUAUGAUGUGGCAGAUAAACCAAGGGAACCGGUUCCUAUGGAGAGGAGUAGAACGCCGCCUGAUCUUUAUGGUGACCUGAUAACUUGUACUCUUUCGAUGCAGCCUUACGCUGUGGACGAGCAGAUGACAAGACCCCCUUACUUCAACUAUAGCCAUGGACCUGUAACUUUUACGGAUCAUCAUAAUAUGGUUAUGCAGCAGAAGAACUUCUAUCCUUCUCAAAGGCACCCAUGGAAUGUGAUUCCAGAAAAUGAGGAUCCGUCUCAGCAACAAAUGAAACGGAGGCCUCCCCAUCAUCCACUCCAAUACCCAAGACCACCACCUAACGAAAAAUUUAUGGGACGGCGCAUGCAAUUCAAUGCAAAUCCACAUGAAAACGCUUCUCACUCACCCGCUUGCUCUUGUUCAGGCUGCUACAACCCAAAUUGGGUAGCUCCACCCCAAGUCCCGCUUGAUGAUUUUGGAAAUCGAAGGGUUCCAAAAGCUCCGAUUAAUUUGAAUUCCAACCACCAUGUCAAUCCUAUUACAUUUCUGCCACGUGAUUAUAAUCCACGACAUGCUAGUCCUCCUCCAUUGCACACAAGGUGGCAAAGUGAUUCAGAACCAAGAACCGCUAUGGCAAUCAAUAGGCGCGGACGAAUCUUCCAUCCUGUAGCAGGUGGUGCCCCAUUCAUCACAUGCUUUUGGUGCUUUGAAAUACUGAAACUGCCGAGAAAACUUGAGAAUACGAAUAAGAAUCAGUCAAAACUGCAGUGUGGUGCCUGUUCAACUGUUAUCUCACUUGAAAUCAAGAACAAAAAGCUCUUUACUUCUAAAGAUUCCAAGCAACAAUCUUCUGAGGUUGGUCAAAGUUCUAAUGAGGCAUUAAAAGGCAGCGUUUUAAGUCUUCAUGGUAUUCCGAAUGCAGGUGACACCAAAUCCCCCUGUGAUGAUUUAGAUCAUUCUGAUCAAACCUUGCCAUUCAUUGACACCGAAGACAAUUUACCGACAGAAGAUCAGAAGCUGGACAUGGAUGAAUCUGAGAAGAGGCGAGGUCCUACUUCAACAUCUUCCAUCCCUUCCAAGGAGGAGGAGGAGAUAUCAGAUUGUGUGAUCGCUCGGCUGGACAUGGAUGAAUCUGUGAAGAGGCAAGGUCUUACUUUGACAUCUUCCGUCCCUUCCAAGGAGGGGGAGGAGAUAUCAGAUUGUGUGAUCGCAAAUACAGACGUUUCUGGCUCUGCUGAGUUGCCAACAAAAGAGUCCUUUUCUCCAAAGCGUCCAGGUUCGCCUCUUUGGGAGCAGCCUGGUAGUUCUAAACAUAGAGUAAGCAGAGCCGAGAAGGGAAAUGACAGUGACUGCAAGAACCAAGACAAGGCACUCUUUAGAAAGAUCGCUUCUCGACAGAAUUCUGUGAAAGAUAGUUCAGUGGAAACCAAUGUGGAUGUUUCUUACAAUGAAUAUCUCAAUACCAACAUUUCUAAAGACUCUGCAGAGGGAAGAAAAGAACAAGAUCCCCCCAAAAUCGGCAAGGGUGCAGAUUCCUUAUUGGUGGGUCUCAUAAAAAAGAGCUCUAAAGAUGUCUCAAAAUCUAACCAAGGUGUGGAGAAAACAAGGCCUACUGUUUUUAUUAACGGGCAACCUAUUCCGGAUCAUGUUGUUAGGAAAGCUGAAAUGCUCGCUGGCCCGAUUCGACCUGGAGAUUAUUGGUAUGAUUUCAGAGCCGGAUUCUGGGGUGUGAUGGGCCAAGCUUGCCUCGGCAUAAUUCCUCCUUUUAUUGAAGAAUUCAAUUACCCCAUUCCAACAAAUUGUGCUGCUGGCAAUACCGGUGUCUAUGUAAACGGGAGAGAGCUACAUCAGAGAGAUUUGGACCUGCUUGCAGGGAGAGGACUACCAACUACAAGAGAGAAAUUUUAUAUCGUCGAAACGUCUGGGAGAGUGGUGGAUGAGGACUCAGGGGAAGAUUUAAAAAGCCUCGGCAAACUUGCCCCCACAAUUGAGAAGGCAAAGCGCGGAUUUGGCAUGAAGGUCCCCAGAAUGGUUGUGUGAAUAUUCACUGUCGUAGUUUCGAUUUUCGCGAUUUAAAUCUUGUAUGCUUCGAGUCUUUCAAGAUGAUAAUGACGGGUCAAUCACCGUUUAAACUCUUGGCGUGUUCUUGGAUCCUAUGUGUUUGUUAGUUGUUCAUACGUUUGCAUCUCUGCGAGUGUAGGUGAUAUGUACAUUGUAUCAUCCAGUUGUGUUCGAGGCUGGAUAGAUUUUAUCAUGCUGUAUUUGUACAGUAUAGUUCUUCUGUAUUAUCGACGUGCUUGUUCAUACA